UUUGAACGGGUCACACAUUAAAGGCGCCAUGUUGUUGUUUUUAACACUAUCAGUGCUUACGUUGCUUUCCGUGUUUUUGUACAUCCGGAUACAGGUGAAAAUGUCCUUCGGGAAGACCUUACCAACGGUCAAGCCGUACUAUCCAGUCAUAGGAAAUGGAACGCUGUUUGUACUGAAAAACAACGAGCAACGUUUCGAGAACUUGGUCGGAGCUCUUUCCAAUUCCGCGAGACUGUUCAAACUGUGGCUUGGGAUGAUUCCAGUGCUCUGUAGUUGCCAUCCGGAUGUGGUUAAUAAAAUUUUGACAAAUCCAAACUGCCAUGAGAGAACUUUCCAGUACUCUUUUUUCAAACUGUAUCACGGUGUUUUCGCCUCAAGGUAUGACAUCUGGAAGACUCAGAGGAAAAGCCUUAACAUCACUUUCAAUCAAAGGAUUUUGCAAGGCUUUCUACCUAUAAUGAAUGAAUGCGCAGUUCGUCUCGUCGGGAGGCUGGGCUCGGUUGGAGAGUGUGAGGAAUUCAACAUUACUGAAUACAUUAUGCGUUGUACUUUGGAGAUGGUGUGUGCAACCACGAUCGGGGCGGAUAUCAAUAACCAUAGUGGUGCGGAAAAAUUAUCACAAUAUAUGGUGAAGUUUUGCGAGUUGAUAACAAGGAGAAUAAUGAGUCCUCAUUUGUACUGGGAAGUACUCUACAAUCUGACGCCCACUUCAAAACAGGAAGAAUCCCUACGGAGGGAAGCUUACAAAGUCGGACAACGGAUUCUCGAUGAUGCUAUCGCGCUCAAAGUCGAAAAUUCCAGUGAAUCCCGCGAAGAAGAUUAUUAUCGAAAACCGAAAAUUUUCAUGGACCAACUUCUGGAAUCCAUAGACGGUAGAACAUUUGAACGGGAUGAAAUUCUGCAUAACAUAUACACAAUGAUAGCAGCGGGUACCGACACUAGUGGGACCGAGCUUAUAUACAUCUGCCAAAUGCUCGCCAUGCACCCCGACAUGCAGGAACGCGUCUAUCAGGAAAUGGUGCGAGUCUUCCCUGAAGAUGAUGCACCACCCACAGCAGAAACGCUGAAGCAACUCGAAUACAUGGAAAUGUUCAUUAAAGAGUCGCUUCGCCUUUUUCCCAUCGCUCCCCACAUCAUGCGGGAAGCGUACGCGGAUUUCGAACUCGACGGAAUGACGAUUCCGAAAGGGACAGCCUUCAUUAUAAGCAUAUACAACCUUCACCGGCGGAAGGAUAUCUGGGGCCCCGAUGCGGACAGCUUUAAUCCGGAGAACUUUUCGAAAGAACAGUGCGCACACAGAAGUCCUUUCGCGUUCAUCCCGUUCAGUGCGGGUUCGAGGAACUGCAUUGGGCAUCGUUAUGCGAUGAACAGCAUGAAAAUAGUAGUAGCGCAUAUUUUGAGAAGUUUUCGUAUUACAACCCGCAUGAGCAUGGAUGAUAUAAAGUUUAAAAUGGAUAUCUUGUUGAAAAGUACAAAUGAAUUACUCAUUUCACUGGCGAGAAGAUGAACUAGUUUAUUAUAUAUUUCAAUAAACUUUUUUUAU